CCGGCCUUUCUGUCUGCGCAGCUCGGCGUCGCCCGCAGAGAGACGAAAGGAUAGAGGUGCCCCCUGCUGAGCGGGGCUCCAUUCGGGGGUCCUCUUCUGAUGCACCUGGAGGGAUCGAAGCGUACCUGGCCUGCACACCGGUGAAGAGGUGAUUGCUGUUGUUAUUGCUGCCUUUUCCGUUUCAUGCUCUCCAUCCCACAAAAAAGGAGCUCGGGGCAGAGUGUGCAUGGUUAUCUCCUUUGUACUCACAACAACCCUGCGAGAACCAACAGAGGCUGUUGCUGAGCUCAACAGGGGAUAGCAGACCUGCCUGGUUUUCUAGCGAUGAAGCCACCUGCUUUGGAAAGCCACUUGUCACCUGCAGGACACAUGGACCACAUUCUCCCCUCUACUGAAUUCAGGGGACUUGUGUCUUUCCUUCUGGUUUCCAGCUGAAACGCCUGAGCCUGAUUGGCUGACCCCUUGGUCAUCCAGGAAUCUGCCUCCUCCUUCCCCCCCCCUGCCCUUUUCUCCAGACAGUUUUUUCUGAGGCCUUGAAAUAAAGGAGUUGAUAGACAAGGUGGCUGCGGAAGAGGAGAGCUCAAUGGGGGGAGAGGUGAGCAGGAAGAGGUAUUCGGAAUUCAAUGCGGAGGCUGCGCAUGUGUUGGAUGAGGAGCAAAGGAGGUGGGGAAGUGGAGUUGAUCCCACAGCGGAAAACUCAGCGCCUGCUCUUGAUCAGAGCCAGGAAGAUGAACAGCAGCCACGGCGGAGAGGAACCAGCCUGGGGAAUGGAGACGGCCUCUUGCAGCAGAAUGGCACAUGGACAAAUCCUGCUCGAGGCGACUCCUCCAACAUGAACGACCCUGCUAACAUCAGUGUGGACGAACCCGUACAAAAAUUAGCCGGGAGAAAGGAGGGCCAAAGGGAUCUUCCAUUGGAUGGCUUCAAUGAAGUUUUGAUAGGAGAUCCCUCACCUGUGGUGGCCAAGUUGGUGGCAGCCCAGACGGAAGAGAGAUUUGAGUGGAGCAGCCUGGAUGGUUGGCUUAGACCCAGAGCUCAAGACAGGAUACAGUCCCUCAGCAAAGGCACCCAGACAGAAGCUACAUGGACAGACAAUGAAGAUCGACAUUAUUUCCAGCCUAGAAGAGAUCAUGAUACGGUCUACAUGUUGAAGGUGGCUGAAAGUUCUGAGAAGAUGAUUCAGCAAGGCUUGAGAGAAUUAUUUGGCGUCUUGAAGAUCCUAGUUAAUGUACCCAUCAUUUUCACAGUAGAGUUGAUCCAUUUUCUCAACAAAUCCAUAUUCCAGGAUAUCGCCAUGGUUGCGGCUAUUCGGCAGGCCGUUUUGUACCUGUCCCUGUGGACCGUCUGUGUUCUGAGCAAACCCACCGAGAAGAAAGAUCGCAUCCACCACGAGCCUCAACUCAGCGACAAGGUCCAUGAUGAUGCACAGAACUUUGACUAUGACCACGAUGCCUUCCUGGGUGCAGAUGAGGCCAAGACCUUUGACCAGCUGACGCCAGAAGAGAGCAAGGAGAGGCUGGGAAAGAUUGUAAGUAAAAUAGACGAAGACAAGGACGGGUUUGUAACUCCCGAAGAGCUAAAAGACUGGAUUAAGUUUGCCCAAAAGCGCUGGAUUUACGAGGAUGUAGAGCGUCAGUGGAAGGGGCACGACCUCAAUGAGGACGGGCUCAUUUCCUGGGAGGAGUAUAAAAAUGCCACCUACGGCUACAUCUUAGACGACCCCGACCCCGACGAUGGCUUUAACUACAAGCAGAUGAUGGUGAGAGAUGAGCGGAGGUUCAAGAUGGCCGACAAGGACGGCGACCUGAUUGCUACCAAGGAAGAGUUCACGGCUUUUCUGCAUCCUGAAGAAUACGAAUACAUGAAGGAUAUAGUUGUGCAGGAAACAAUGGAGGACAUUGACAAGAACGGGGAUGGCUUCAUUGACUUGGAAGAAUACAUAGGCGACAUGUACAGCCACGACGGCGACGCCGAAGAGCCCGAGUGGGUGAAGACGGAGCGAGAGCAAUUUGUAGAGUUCCGGGACAAGAACCGCGACGGGAAGAUGGACAAGGAGGAGACCAAGGACUGGAUCCUCCCCUCGGACUACGAUCACGCCGAGGCAGAAGCACGGCACCUCGUUUACGAGUCGGAUCAGAACAAGGAUGGCAAACUCAGCAAAGAAGAAAUUGUGGACAAGUACGACUUGUUUGUGGGCAGCCAGGCUACGGACUUUGGGGAAGCCUUAGUACGACACGACGAGUUCUAAGCCAGAGAAGAGGAAAAGAGGAAGAAAGUAAUUUAUUUUUUACGGUUUCCGGAAUAACGCGAGGAACUCUCUCACUACUGAGACUGGCAGUUUCAGGCAACAACGUGGGAAAAACGAGAAGAAACCUCUCCCGUCCUUCCUUUGCUACUUGUUCCCGUAGGGACGGGAGCUCAGUGUUUUGACAAGCAACUUUUAACUUGCAACAAAUGGGUUGUUUUGUUUUAUAGAUUUGCAUUUUGGAUUUAAUUUUUUUUGUCUAACAAGUUCUGUUUUAUUUUUGUAUUUUAUUUUUGUCCUGUGUGAGAUGAAGAAUGCAUAUCCUGAAGCAUUAGCCCUAGAGCAGCACUAGCUCCCCCUAACUGACCUCCCCCUGUGAGUGUGUGCGCCUAGCUACAAAAUCCAGUCGCAAAAUGCCAGAGAACAAGGAGGGCCAUGGAAAAGCACACGAGAAAGCUUCUAGGUUUUUUUCUAUUACUGUUUUGAACUGGAGUGAUUGCCUCCAGCCCAUCUCAAAGGGGCCUAGCGGAGAAUUUCGACAGCAGAUGCUUCCAGUUCAACCUUACUACUGUUACCCUCUUCAGCGAAAGAGAUUUUCCCACAAUGCACCUCCCACACCUGAGUUAGGAAGGUUUGCCGAAGGCUGUACGUUAUGGCACCCUUCAACAAGAGGAGUUGUGGCAUCUCUGCUUCACCCCAAGUAUUAAUUCCAGGUGCUUCUGCUGCCCCCAGGAAGCUGGCAUCAUCCAGCCCCCUUGCAGUUGGGGUAGAGCACUUUGGCCAGUGCUACUACAACCCUCCAUUCAGGGCAUUCCCCCCCCCUCUCCCGGGGACUUUGUUAUGACAGCCAAAUCACCUCCACCUUUUAUCCUCCUGGUUCAGUUUCCUGCUCGCCUGGGCCUGCCUCUGCUUAGAGCAGUGAGCAGCUGGUGCCUCAAGGACAGGGCACAGUGGGCGAAUGCUGUACGGGCAUCAAGCAGGCCAGGAGAAUAAAGUGGCAGUUGGAUGCACAUGGAAGUCCUUCAUUUUUGAAGUGCCUUUACCUUUUCUUUUUCAGAAUCAGGCUUCCCUCUCCAAAAGGAACCCCGGUGCAGAAAUGUGCAUCUCAAAGUAGAGAGGGAAUCUCUGGCCUUUAUGCAAAAUGCAUGGCAAAUUCAGCACCAGUGUGCAGUAUUAAAGACCUUCCCCAAGCAGUGUUCUGAUUUCCCGGUGGGCUUCUAAGCCCCCAGCUGCCUAGUCUGCCUGGGCGAGGGCCUUCUCCUUACCUCAAAAAAGACAAACCACACGCCCUCUCUUCUUCCUCUCGGGUGCCAAGGUGCAACGUGGGAUCUCGGCCUUUUGAAGCUGAUGCUCGUAAGAGGAUUGCUGCCACCCCUCUCUCAAGCUCCCAUUCUAGGUCCAGUUUGCUGGCUUUGCUCAUGCAGGUUUUCUGGGUCCAGCCCACCAGGAAUGGCUCCCCCCGCAAGCCCAUUAAAUGAAAAUGUGAUCAGUGCUCAGCACGAUUGCUGGGACCUGGUCCCGGGGUUUCAGGCCUGUCUUCCUCAGCCUGCUGCGCUCCAAAGGUUUUGCGUGACUGUCCCAGAGCUCUUCGUCCAAAAUGUCUGGAGGGCAGCAGGCUAAGGUAGGCUGCUUUUAUGCGCUUAAGACACCUCUCCCUGCGAGCCUCUCGAACACUAAAGGCCACCCUCUCCCUCUGGCCUGCACUAAUAGCUGUCAUAAUCAUGAGUGGUUUGGUAAAGUUCCCCGCGCCCCCAAAUUUCCUUUUGAGCCAGAAGAGCUACAAGGGUAAAAAUCUUCAAAACACUACCCACACCCGUCAAUUCCAACUAACCUCUUCUUUUUAGUUAAUAAACUUGGUACCGUGAUUAGGAAAGCAAUGUUCAUGAAACCAGGCGCUGAAAGAAUCCAGCACUCUAGCCAGGCUUUCAUCAGAUCAGUGUGCCGUGUGGCUGGGCAGCAGUCCUGAGCCUGGGCUUCCGCUCGUAACGAAACAGCAGGGCAUUCCUCAUUUCCCAGUUUCAGGAAAGGAGGUGCCUCCUGGUCAAGCAAGGUGCCGGACGCUGGGAGAACCAAACAGCCGUAGAUGACCUCAGUCCCAUUUGCUUAGCCACAGAGAAUGUAGAGGGGCAGGGAGUUAAUGAAACAUUGCUUCUCCUUGCCCAGAUGUGAAGACUUGAGUGGGGAAAGGGAGCUCUUGCCAUUGUUGGCUUCCCAGCUUCUUUGUUGAACACUAAAGAAUUGGAUUUUUCUUCCCACGCUUGCAUUUUUUUCACUCUGAAGCAAAAACCCCCUCCUCCCCCCUGCAGCCUAUGUCCCACCCACCCCUGGAAAUUCUGACCUGCAGAUUUGGCAGCAAGGAGAAGGGGUGCUUGCUUGUGUGCGCAUGCAACCUAGCUGGCCCUGUUGGUGUGACCAAUAUCGGGAGCAGGUUCCUUCGGGGACGUAUGCCUGCGGUUUCUGCUUUUUAACACUAAUGAGCCAAAGUUUCAGGGGUGCUGCUGCUGUGCAGACGUGUGCUGUAAAAAAAUAAAUAAAUUACUUCAUCCCCACUGCAGGAAAAAAAUGGUCGAAGCAGAAUUCUGUCGGCUUUCUGCCAUAUAUUAUCUUGAUUUUUGUACUCUGCCGUGUUACCUCCUUGCACAAUCUUUAUUAUCAAAGCAGAUAUGAACCUGGUGGCCACAGAAACUCGUUACUCGCAUGCCCCAAAGCUCUUCACGGUCCACCUUUUUAGGAGACGACAUUUUUUUUUUUGGUAGAGUGUAAAUGGAGUUUUAUAUAAUGUACAACAUAAAGAUGGUGUCUUAAUAAAAAUUGUUUACAUCC